GGCUAGCUCAGCUUAAUCUGAUCGGUCAUGGCGGCGUGGAGCGAGAGCGAGAACGAGAGGUUCGAGCGCGCGCUGGACACGUACGACCGUGACACGCCCGGCCGCUGGGACCGCGUCGCCGCCGCCGUGGGCGGCGGCAAGACGGCCGACGACGUCAGGCGCCACUACGACCGGCUCGUCGACGACCUCCGCCGCAUCGACGCCGGCGGCGCCAACUCCAACGGCGGAACUCAUGCCACCGGCGGCAGCAGCAGCAACGGCGCGGGGAACAACGGCAGCAGAGGAGGGUCAGGGGGCAGCCGGCGGCCCCAGACAUAAAUGGUAGUUGAUGGAUGGAUCGGAUCAUGCAAGGUGGUGGCCUGGUCGGCACAGGAGGACACUCACAUGAGCCCUAUCCUAAUCUACAUCUGCAUUACAUACAUACAUGUAGCGUACGUGUAUAUGUACACGUACGCACGUCAUGCACAUUGCUAGCGGGUACGUGCAUGUAUCUGUCACGUGUACGUAUGUACUCCACUUACGUACCCGUAUGCAUGCAUGUGUACGUGCAAGAG